UUCUGCGGUCUUAAACAAUGAUACCCAAGAUGGCGGCGUCUGGUGUGUUUUCGCUGCUCAAAGCCGAGUUUGAAGCUGCGCAAAAGAGUCUCAAGGAUGUCGACGAAACCAUCAAGAAGCUCACGGGCCGAGACCCCGAGGAGUUCAGGAACCAAGCCCGGCGACAGGGAGGGCCUGCGCAGAAGGCUGCCGCCGAACAAGGUGGUCGGGAACGGUUCACGAAGAAGCCGGGCGUCGCAAUAGGAGGUCCCCCUGCCAAGCGGAGAAACCUCGGAGGACCGCCACUGCGGACACCAAUCAAAGCUCCUGCGGAGGACAGCGGUGACGAUGAAGAGCUACCAAGAAAGGGUGGCGUCCAGUCCUCGGUGGUGGCGGCACCUGCUAAGGAGUCGCUGCGCACGCGCCGGGAGGUGAGUGCCCUGCAGAAGGGGGACCGCAAGUGCAUGGAGCGCAAUCGGCGCAUGUUCGGGAUGAUGCUGGGCACCCUGCAGAAGUUCCAGAGCGAGGAGACCAAGCGCAAGGACCAGGUUCAGUCCCAGAAGCGUGCUGAAAUUGAGCAGAAGCUGGAAGAGGCGGCCGAGCGUGAGAAGGCUGAGCUGCGCAAGGAGCGUCAGGACCUGUUCCUGGCACGGCGCCAGAAGCAGCAAGGCCUCCGUCGGCUAGAGCUCAAGCUGGAGGUGGCCCGCCUGCACGAGGAAGCCGAGGCCCGCCAGCGACUGCUGCUCAACUUCAUCCACACGAGGACCAAGCCGCACAUCAUGUUCAAGCCAGCCAGGCACACGCCUGAAACACAGAAGCGGCUCAAGGAGUCCCAGAAACGCAUCCUCGCCAUCAUCGAGAGCCGACGCGCCAAGAUCAAGGAAGAGCUGGACGCCAUCGACGAACUCUACCACCGCGACAACAUGAUCGUGCAAGCCGGUGAAGAAGAGGAAGAGGAGAUCCACCGGGACAAGGAGAACUGGGGACCCUCCAAGGACCAGUCUGCGGAGGAAGAAGAGCAGGCCACCGCGGACAGCAGUGCAGACCCCUCAGUCGCCACGGAGAAGUGCGACCGUGUCGAAGCGAAAUCCGAACCCACGGACAAUGGCGAGGUUGCGGAAGGGGCGACGACAGCGGCGACCGCAGACGGCAAGGCUGCAGAACCGAUAGACACCGCGGAGCCCGAGGAAGCCGCGAAGGAGCACUCUGCUGCUGAUGACCGGGCCGAACCUGGGGCGGCCAAGGAAGCUCCCACCGACCCUGAGUCGGCAGAGGGCUCGACCGAGCCUUCCGAAGACGAGCCAACAGUGAAAGCCGACGCCACGUCGGAGGAGUCAGCUAAAGCCGAAGAGGAAGCGCCAAAGGAAGAGACGCCAGCCGCUCCCACCGAAGUUCCCAGCAUCAAUGCGUUAGGAGACGAAAAGUUUGAACCCAUCUACGACGAAUAAGCCUCCCCUCCGCCGCUGCCUCUCACGGAGUUGGUUGGCCAGCUGUACAGCCAUUACUGCACCAAUUUUGUGUCGUUCAAUGGGUGCCAACCCUCGGCAACCGCAUACCGAGCACGGACUUCAGUGCCGCCCAGACACCGCCCGUUCCUUCCGGCCGAUCCGUGAAAAAGAAAGACGGCGUUGCCUGAUCGCAUCUGGCACGAAGCUCGAUCGAAGGUGGUCAGGCAUGUCCCACAACUGGAAAACGGUCAGGGAACAUUGUAUCUACGGCACACGGCUCUUCAAGAAAUCAGAUAUAUAUACAUACACUUUGCGAGCGUAUUCAUGAACUGUGAACACUGCGACCUGUAGCGUAGAUUAUGUGGAAUUAGAAGGCGAAAGUAAGGUACCCGCGAAACUUGCUCGUAGUGUGCGUUUUCUUUUGCUUGCUGCGCCAUUCUCGGUGUAAUUCGUAGUGGCUAGACGUUCCAGUUUGAGCAGUCUUCUCGCUGAAGUUCUUGCUUACAUUUAACUUGCUGCCAGUGCAUUCAUUCGUGUUUAAUUCACAGAGUAAGUUUCAUUGUUGAGCUGAGAAAACUUUAGAAAUCUUUGUGCUGCCAGCUGCACUUAGAGCGUUCACUUUCAUAAAAAUUGCACGGUUCGUCGGGGAGCAUCAAAGUUUUAACGAAGCACGGUCUCAUUGUCGCCAUCACAUCUUGUUAGGUCUUGUCGGUUUUACUAGCACAUCACAUCGGGUUUCGAGAUUUAGGUUGUGGGGUCGUGGCCCUCGCAGUGGGCAGCCACGAAUCUUAAGGGUCUACCUGUUGCAGAGACACUUCACUGAAGGUAAUAGACUUACCUGCCUCGAACGCAGCAUACCCCCAGCUCUUUUUCUUCUUUGUCACUUGUUUCCAUCAGCUUCCUAAUUUCGUUAAAGAAAGGUUGUAGUAUACUUGGCAUCACUGAUGACUGGAAUCACGUUAAUUCCAGUCAUCAUUACUAGCUAGAAUUUUUAAUUAACUGCUGUUGUUGAAACGUGUUAGAACAGAUUGCGGCUAAGUACUGCCCAUGUAAAAUUGCAAUUCUGCUGAUCAGCUUCGGAAUAACAAGUUGAUGUGCUCCUUUUCACGGCCUGCAUUACAAAGCUCUUGCUUUUUUUUUGUGCAUGUGUUUACAGACAGGAUAGUCCGUUUUAUGCACCCGCUGCUAACCGAGACAUUUGCCGCAUUUGUUGGAGCUGGCCCUCUUGCACAGCACAGCCUUCGAAAGUGUAGGUGCUCCGACUUAUCGUAUAAUCUGGCUUUACUGAAAUGCUUGUCACUCUUCAACCAACAUCGGGGUUGUUCCACAGUGGCUGUUCAUAGGCUCAUCUUGAACGCUUAUGAUGUAUACAUUCAUGAAGGAAUGCUCAACAUUGCAGUUAACACAUAUGCAACUGUCGGUGCAUCGUCGGCCAUGUUGCAGCGCAGAGUUUGCGCCUCACUGCAGUUCAAUAGCAACUGCCGUGAGCGUAUUUUCAUCGUUCAAUUGUGUACAAUACUGCGGCUCUGUGUGAAGACCAGGGGUCUCUAUCUCUGGUCUCGGUUGAGCCAGUGUCCAUACAUGUUGACAUUAAAGAAAGGUAUUGUGUAACAUCUGU